CACGUUUCCGGCCGGCCCAAAGGUAUUUGAACAACUUUCGUCGACAUUCGAGACCUUUGUUUCUCCUCCUGGCGUCAAUUCAUCAGUAAACUCUGAUAUCAAUUACAUGAUUCUCUCCGGGUAGGAUCGAGAAGAACUUGUCUUGCCUUUUUGUAAGGACAUUAGCCGCGACUUCGAUUCACUUCCCCCUCCCCCACCUUGUCCCAUCAUGCCAAAAUUUGCAAUCUCCAAAAACGGUAUCUCCAGGGAGGUCCUGGAGACCGAUCUGCCGUUGUACCUGGGUCGUGAUGCUCAUGUGGUGAAAACCCAUGACUCUGAUCGUUAUGUCAUCGAGGCUUCGCGAGCGCCGCCUGGUGUAAGCAGUCGAGUCGAGAUGCACGACGUGGCUCAAGCUCUAACCAUCUCCCAGUCAAUGCUGCCUUCGCUCCGCGAUGACAGCGCGCGAUGGCGCGAGAGUGACGGAUAUCAGAGACGAAUGAGUUACUCGGAUAGCCGUGUACACAGAGACCGCAGGCAAUCGUUUAGCAGAGACAGUGGUGGCUCUCAUCACCAGUCGUCGAGACGUGAUUCCAACGUGUCGAGAUCGGGGUCAUCAUACGGUACACCUGCUGUCGCCAUCCCCCAGAGACCCAACCUUCCGUCCAGGUACAGCUCCAACAGCGGUUCAAUGAUGGAGUCGAUGUCGGGUUCGCCAAACUCAACCUUUGGCAGUGUCCCUUCCACGAGUAGAAAUGGCCGAAGCUAUUCAUACUCUACAAACUAUACCAAUUCAAGACGUCCGUCAGAUGCAAUGGCAUCCUUGGACGAGCAUGUUAUUACUCGGACCGACUCGGUCUCGAGCGAGUCAAGUGAGUUUGGUAUUGAUGGUGUGCUUGGAUUCGACAAGGAUGUCCGUGAUGCCGGUCGAAGGCAUGACCAUGGUUCCAGGCGUGAUCAUCAUUCGUCCCGGUCGUAUUAUGACAGGAGGUAA